AUGUCCACUUGGGUGCCUCAACUGAGGAUAUUGGCUAAUGACUCAGUGGGUGGUUUCUUGACUCACUGUGGUUGGAGUUCAACUAUUGAGGGCCUUCAAUUUGGACAUCCACUUAUUAUGUUGCCCUUCAUGGUAGAGCAAGGGUUGAAUGCUAGGAUUUUUGAGAAAAACAAGGUGGGUAUAGAAAUACCGAGAGAUGAUCAAGAUAGGUUAUUGUAUCGGAACUCAGUAGUUGAGUCACUGAAGUUGGUAAAAACUGACGAUGAGGGAAAGGUUUAUAGGGAUAAAGCUAGAGAGAUGGGAGCUACAUUUGGUGACAAGCUUCAACAUGGCCAAUAUAUAGACAAAUUUAUCGAGCAUCUACAAAACUACAAAAGGAUUAAGUUAAUGGAGUUCUUAGUGACAAAUAUUAUGUUUUUAAGUAAUAUGCAUUUUAUUUGA